AGUAGUAAUCCAACAAUGACCGCAAAUUAACAGUUCACAUUUGUCCAAAUUUACAAGUUUAAAAUAAUUCUAACUAUAGAAGCUAACCAAAUUUUUAAUCAUGGCAUUGGUUUUAAAAAAAGCUGUUUCACCAAAACAUCUGACCAUCCUCCAAAGUAUCAGUAAAAGGAAUUAUGCUCUGGUCAAAGACAAACACGUGCUAUCAGCCUCUAAUGGCGUGCGAUGUCCCGAUUUGCCGAAUAACCCGGACACGUCCAACGGGGGCCCGUCGACGGAGGACUGCAAACAGGCUUCGACGUCAGAAUAUAGCAAGCCGUGCUCUGUGAUCAGGAGACUGCAACGGAAGCUCACAUCCGGCGGCUAUCGCUGCUCGAGCGAGUCACACUUCAGGCACACAUUCUCGGCACACAAGCGACGGCGAUCGUGCAGAUCUUUAUUGACGCCGGUAACACCUCGAGCUACCAACGUGAGAUCCUUCGCCAGUGGCAGACCCUGCCCCUGCCCCUGUCCGUGUCCCUGCCCAUCAUGCUGCGGCUCUCUACCGCCGCCGUGCAACCAGCCGCCGCGCUGUAUACAAUGCAUGACCGGUUACUAUUACUACCCAUACGGCUACUGGUUCUGCGGUCCGUAUCAUGUGACGGGACAAUGUUGCCCAGUAGGCCCCGGCGGCAUUUGUCCAAAACCUCCCUGUCCCACUCCGGCCUGUGUCUGUCCUACCGCAGCAGCCGUUAUGCCCUCAUUUGACCAAACCCCGAAGGCGACGUUAUCUGAACAACCCGUAGAAACACCGACCCCCAAGUCACCACUUCAAUCUUCCAAGACUAGCAUAUCAGAAGCAGGGGCUCGGAAAGCUGGAAGGUCUAGUUUUUCCAACUUUUUCCCCUUCCCUUCGGACGCUAAAAAGGAACGUAAACCAAAGUCCGGACCAACAAGAAAAUCAGUCAACCCAACUUUGCAGUCAUCCUUCUUUUGCGUUCCCUACAAGUUUAAAACUUCAAAUGACCCCAUGGAUGCUGGUACGGGAUCUGAUCGGGCGAAGAGUCACAUUGUUAAACAGAAUUUACACGUAAGAGUAGAUACCGCAAGGCACCACAGCCACGUUGCUUCGCGUCGACCCAAGCGCUGCAAAUAUAUGGGCUAUAUCAACCCAUUGACAUUACCAAGAGACACCUCGGAUAAAGUUAAGAACUUAGAUAAACUAAUGGACUCGAAACUGUAAAAAUAUCAACACUGCUUUUAUAACUUUUUUUUAUAAAAUUUCUCAGAUUCUAUCUAACUUAAGCAC